AUGAUACAUAGGCUCCUCUCUAAACUGGAAGCUGCUUUAAACCAACAACCACUAAAUCUGGAUUAUUUGGAGUUCUUGACUCGUCAUGAGCUUGUUCUGUUUGAAUCUUUCUCUCAGCAAAUAGGCGGUCUGUCAGAGAUUACAGAGGCUCUACAAAACAUUCAUCAUCUGGUUCAGUGUGAAAUUAACAUCAGCUCUGUGGCCAUUAUUGAACUGGAAACAGAAGUUGGUCUGGGACCUGGCCACCCCAAAAUCGUACUAGAGGGAGAAAAACUGAAGAACUUGUUGGACACUCAGCUGCCAGUCAGCUGCAUCGCUAAAUGUCUUGGUGUUUCAAGAAGAACAAUCUUCAGGAGGAUGCAAGAAUUUGACUUGUCUGUGAGAGGAACAUACAGCACAAUGAAUGACCAAGAGCUGGACAACAUCAUAUCGGCUAUCAAAAAUCAGAUGCCAAAUGCUGGCUAUCGAAUGGUUCAAGGACAUUUGGUUUCUAUGGGUCUCCGUGUUCAGUGGUGGAGAAUGAUGGCCUCCAUGCAUCGAGUUGAUGCUGUAGGGAUCUUCACACGGAUCACAGAACUAGGCUGUGUUGUGCGAAGAAGCUACUCGGUGCGAGGCCCUCUCUCCCUGGUCCACAUAGACACAAAUCACAAGCUAAUAAGGUACAAUGUUGUGGUCUUUGGUGGAGUGGAUGGCUACUCAAGGAAGGUCCUGUACUUGGAUGCAGCAACUAACAACAGGGCAAAAACUACAUUCUCAUUUUUCCUGAGAUCAGCCCAGCUUCACGGCUUGCCGUCAAGGUUUUAUGCCCUGAUUAAAUUUAUAUGCUAG